AUGAAGUUCCUGACUGAGAAGGAUGGGGAGGAGGCGUGGAAGGACUUCUUUGACUCACAUCUCCAGGAGAAGCUCUUUGAGGAGAGGAGAUGGACGGAGAAGAAGCUCAGCAACCGGAAGAGGGAGGUGGAGAGCUGGAUCGUGGAGAUACAACAGGAGUGGAGACUGAGGGAGAAGGCUCAGAGGAACAUGGUGUUCAAGCUGCUGAUUAUGGACCUUCCUCAGAGGAGGAGAGUCAUUGAGAACCUCAGAGAGACGGACGACCCCGCCAGCGAUCAGGUGGCGAGAGAGGUGGACGGAGAGGAGCGGAGGACGGAAAACACCGGGGUGAAAAAGAGGAGUGACGAGGAGGGAGAUGGAAGGAGAGGAAGAGGGGUGGAGGAGAUGAAUGAGGGGUGCCGCUGCUGCCAAGGAGACGGAGCGAGAGGGAAGGAGAAAAGCCAGAGCCAUGGUCAGAGGAAGGAGGAAGAGAAAAGAUACCAGAUGCUUGUGGAAAUGCAGCGUAUCCGUUCCCACGAAGAGAAAAGAGAAAGGGAAACCUUCCUGAGAAACAAGGAGAGGGAGGAAAAGAAAAGGGAGGAUGAGGAGAAAACGAGAGAGAGGGCACAUCUGGCCAGGCAAAAAAUGGAUGCGGACAGAAGGGAGAGAGAGGUGCGCAGGAUGGAGAGGGAGAUAGUGGUGAAGAGAAAGGAGGUUGACCACAGAGUGAUGUCUGUGAACAGGAAGGUGUUCUCUCUCAGGUCCGAGGCUGAACAAAUCAGGAAGGAGAGAAAGUCACUAAGGAUGUUUCAGAGCAAGCUAGAGAACCUGGGACCAAAUAUGGAAGUCCAGAGCAAGGCUCAGAACCAGGGACUAAAUAUGGAAGUCCAGAGCAGGGCUCAGAACCAGGGACUAAAUACGGAAGUCCAGAGCAGGGCUCAGAACCAGGUAGUGAGAAUGGAAACUCAGAGCGAGAACCAGGAAGAGAAAAGAAGUGUUAAGCAGAGCGCCGACCAAGGCAGACAGAAAUGUUCUGUGAAAGCAGAUGAGGAGAAAACAGAGAAUGACAUUCGAAGAGAGGAAGAAAAGAGGCAAAUCGAGGAGGGGGACAAGAAGGACGAGAUACUGAGUGGGAGUGAGAGGUUGAGUGAGAGAGAAGGGAAGGGACAGAUAGAGGUGGAGAGGAAGAGUCGAGAAACUGGGGCUGAUGGUAACGUUGGACGUGAGGCAGUUGGUUUGGUAGAAGACAACAGAGAGAUGUCUGAGGACAGAGUCAGCCUGAAAGAGACGGACAAGGAAAGGAGGAGUGAGAAGGCUGUGAGAGUAGAGGAAAAGGAGGCGUCUGAGGAGAGGGAAAUACAGUUGGAGAGGAAGAGGGAAAUUGAGGCUAAGCCGGUGAUAGAGGAGGAGAAGAAGAAGUCUGAGAAUGAACAGAGUGGGAAAAAGACACAAGAGACAAAGCAAGAAAAGCAGACUUCAACAGAGACAGAACUGAGUGACUGGGAUGUGGACAGUGAGGAGGAAGAGAUUGUGUCGGCGAAAUUCAAGAAGAGGAAACAGAGAGAGCUGGAAGAGAGGCAGAAGGAGGAGAAAAGGGUGAGAAUGGAGGAGAAGAAGAAGGAAGAAGAGCGCCUUAGGAAUAGGGAGGAGGACAAGAGGAAAGAGGAGGAGAAGAAGCUACUAGAGCAGGUGAGCCUGACAGUCCUGCAGGAAUCCUGGAAGAAGGCUAAAGCGGAGGACAGGAAGAGAUCUGAGGCAACCAAAAUGGACGCAGAGCAGCAGCACCAGCGGGCUGUUUUUUUCAGUGACUUGAGGGAGGAGGAGGAGGAGAAGCAACAGCAAAUAAUGGGGCUGGAGAAGAACAGGAGGAAGGAGUACGUUGUUCAGGGGGGCUUCCCUGUCAACAGGACAACACACACGGCCCCAGGAAAUGAGUCAGCAAUAUCGGUGAGUUCAGAUGAGGAGACUGGCUCUGAGUGGGAGAGGCAGUGGGAGGAGGAGAAAAGGAAUGAGAAGGAGAGGAAGGAGGAGGAGGAGAAGAGGAAGAGACUGGAAGAUAAGAAGAGGGAGGAGAUGGCAAAGGAACGGGAGGAGCAGAAGAGUAGAGAGGCGGAGGCGAGGUGGCAGGCACGUCUUGUUCCCAAGAAAAAGAAAGGUGUAUUUAAGUCAUUCUUCAACCUUUUUGUGACAUAGAGCAGUAAAGAAUCAAUAAAAACAUGACGUCUUUUCAUAAUUUGAAUCAAGCAUUUA